AUGGCGGACGACGUGGACCAGCAACAAACUACCAACACUGUAGAAGAGCCUCUGGAUCUCUUCAGGCUCAGUCUGGAUGAACGAAUCUAUGUGAAAAUGAGAAACGACAGAGAGCUUCGAGGCAGGUUACAUGCUUAUGAUCAGCAUUUAAAUAUGAUAUUGGGAGAUGUGGAAGAAACUGUGACCACUAUAGAAAUUGAUGAAGAAACAUAUGAAGAGAUAUAUAAAUCAACCAAACGGAAUAUCCUGAUGCUCUUUGUCCGGGGAGACGGUGUUGUGCUAGUUGCCCCACCAUUGAGAGUUGGUUGAAACAAAGAAUUUAUCCUGUGUGGAAAAUAGGAGAUUUUGUAUGAUUGCCUCUUUAAAUGUAGAAGAUAUUCAAAAGAGAAACCGGCGUAUGUUUUGAUUUUAAGAAAUAACCAAGAA